GCUGCCGGGAUCCGCUCGGUGCUGACCCCGCGGGGCCCUCGGCUGCGUCCCUCUGGGCUUCGGGAAAGGCGGAACCCCGCGGGGACAGAAACGCAGCGGUGCGCGGGAGUAAAGUGCAAGCGGACGGGAUGUUAGCGUGAGCUGGGACCGGAGCGGUUGAGCCGUGAAGGCUGGAGGAGAGCUCUGCCGUUAUGGACCCAUCCCCACCGUGCGCUCUAACCACGUUCCUCCGUGCCGCAUCGCCACGGCUCUGGGACACCUCCGGCGCCUCAAAGGCGCUGAUGAAACCGGGCGGUACUUAAUGAGUACUCGGUGAUGAUGGUGCUGUGUGGGCAGUGUCCUCGGUGCCUCCCUGCGGCUGCAUUGUCCCGGGGGGUGGGCUGGAGGUGCGGGCUGGCUCUCCGUGUCCCACCCAUAUCCUGCCUGGGGCUGUGCUCACCGCGGUACGAUGGCGAUGGCUCAGAGCGGCACUUUGCUCCGGCCCUGCCUUGUGAUGCACCCAAAUCUUUGCUCUCAAAGCCUUUGCAGACAUCUCUGGAGGAGCUGUUGGUGCCCGUGUGCUCUGCCAGAGUUGCUGCUAUUAGGCGGUGGAACAGGAGAGCUCUUUGGAUGCGCCCUGAGGGCAGAGCAGCCCCACAUUGCAGUGCAGUGCUCAGCCUGGGGGCGGCGCUUCGGGGUUGGAAUGCCUGCAGUUGGGCAGCCGGAUGCUCUGCCCAGGGCGGCUCCGACCUCCUCCCUCCCUCCCUCAGCAGUGGACCAGCAGCAUCAACCGGGCCAAUAAGAUGGCUCUGCUCACCUGGAUGAGAGAAACCGGCAUCGACCUCGUGCAGGUGAACGGGCAGCGGCGGUACGGCGGCCCUCCGCCAGGGUGGGUGGGCAGCCCGCCGCCCCCAGGCUCCGAGGUGUACAUCGCCAAGCUGCCGCGGGAUCUGUAUGAGGACAAGCUCAUCCCGCUCUUCCAGAGCGUGGGGCAGCUCUACGAGUUCCGCCUCAUGCUGACCUUCAGCGGGCUGAACCGCGGCUUCGCCUACGCCAAGUAUAGCGACCAGCACAGCGCCGGGAAGGCCAUCGCCGCCCUCAACAACUGGGAGGUGCAGGAGGGCCGCACCAUCCUGGUGUGCCGGAGCUUCGAGAAGUGCGAGCUGAGCGUGAACGGGCUGCCUGCCACACUGCGCCGCGGGGAGCUGGGCGCCCUGCUGCUGGAGAUCACCGAGGGGCUGCUGGGCUUAACGCUGCACAACAGUCCCGACCGCAAGCAGGGCAAGGUCGCCAUGCUGACCUACAGCUCACACCGGGCUGCCGCCAUGGCCAAGAAAGCCCUGGUGGAAGGGAACGUCGGCGUCUUCAAGAAGGCGAAGGUGGAGUGGCUGAAGCCUGAGCUGAAGGAGCAGCUGCAGGCGUGUGGGGAGAAGCCGCCCCCCAGCAACGUGCGGCGCCUGGGGAGCCCCGAGCGGGGGCUGCCAUCCUCGGAGCUGUGUGGUGCUCUGGGCCGACUGCAGGCCUUGUGCCGGUGGCUGCACCUGGGGAGCCCCCACUUCCUCACCAGGUGCGUGCAGGCAGAGCCCGACGGCUGGCAGCGGUACUGGGGCCAGGUGGUGAUCCCAUCCUACCCCGUGCCCUGCAGCACCUUCCUGUGGGUGCGGGAGGACGCGGCGGGCACCGCGGGGCACGAGAAGAUCAAAGAGGUGGUAGCGCAGCUGGCCCUGAUGAUGCUGGGGUACUGAGGAUGUAUGCGGGCACGCGUUGUGCCCCAGCUAUGAAAUGAACCCGAGACACCCGAUGUCACAUCGUGGAGCAGAGCUGAGCCUAGUGGGGCCGUGUUCCUGUUCAGCCUUGUUUUGAGUUCAUUGGGGGUUUGUUUAAGGGCCAUCUGGAGGGCGUGGGCACUGCCACGUUCCCACCAGCGCUGGGUCCGUUGUGAGCAGCGGGCACGUCCUGUCUGCUGCCAUGUUUUCCUGUUGAUGAAGUUGUUUUGUGUUGCUGUGGUGCUGCAGGGCUCUCAGGAGGAGCAGCAGCUGCCUGGAAGGAUAUGAGCUGGGGGGGCUGGCAGGGGGAGGCUGGCACUGGGCCCCAUUGCCUGCAGCCCCGUUGCCAUGAGGCAGGUGGGGGACCCUGGGCUGUCUGCAGGCACUGCCUGCAGCCUGGAGGCCAGCGGCCACCUGCUGGCGAUUAAAGGAGCCUGGGAAGCUG